CUUUGGGGAAAUUUAUUUUGCAUUUCCAAACUGCUUCUGCCUGUCGGCGCCUGUGUGGAAACUGUAACGAGUCUCGCAGAGGCUUCCGGAGAGGCGGGGCGGAGGCUUGACGUCAUCGCCGCGGGGCGGAGGCGACCGCGGGACCGGUCUAGGGGAGGCUCCGCGUGCAGAGACGCCAGCCGUCCGGCUUUGAAGAGAGCUUGAUUCUCCUCAGCCGGACGCCUUCCCCUGUGAUCCGCCCACGUCGAGUCCUGAGCUGAGAUGGCAGACGAUCUCGGAGACGAAUGGUGGGAGAACCAGCCGACUGGAGCAGGCAGCAGCCCAGAAGCAUCAGAUGGCGAAGGAGGAGGAAGAGACACGGAAGUGAUGCAGCAGGAGACAGUUCCAAUUCCUGCAUCUUCAAAGAAAACCAAACAGCCUAAAGAAUGUUUUUUGAUACAACCAAAGGAAAGAAAAGACAAUACCACCAAGACCAGGAAGAGGAGAAAGAAGAAAAUCACUGAUGUUCUUGCAAAAUCAGAACCAAAGCCAGGGGUACCUGAAGACCUACAGAAGCUGAUGAAGGACUAUUAUAGCAGCAGUCGCUCAGUGAUUGAAUUGGAAGAACUGAACCUACCAGACUCCUGUUUCCUCAAGGCCAAUGAUUUGACUCACAGUCUUUCCUCAUACCUAAAAGAAAUUUGUCCUAAGUGGGUAAAACUUAGGAGAAACCACACUGAAAAAAAAUCGGUCCUGAUGCUGAUCAUCUGCAGCUCGGCCAUCCGAGCCCUGGAACUCAUUAGGUCAAUGACAGCAUUCAGAGGAGACAGCAAAGUUAUAAAAUUAUUUGCAAAGCACAUAAAGGUCCAGGAGCAGGUAAAGUUGCUGGAGAAGCGUGUGGUACACCUGGGUGUAGGAACUCCAGGGAGAAUUAAAGAGCUUGUUAAACAAGGUGGUCUUAAUUUGAACCCCUUAAAAUUUCUGGUUUUUGACUGGAACUGGAGAGAUCAGAAGUUGAGGAGAAUGAUGGACAUUCCUGAGAUAAGAAAGGAGGUAUUCGAACUUCUGGAAAUGGGAGUGCUCAGUCUGUGCAAGUCAGAAUCUUUGAAACUGGGCCUUUUUUAAGUCUGGAUCCUAAUGAAGAUCCCAGCUUCCACAGUAGAAGUUGCAUCUUAUUUAAUGACUCUGAUACAUUGCGAGAACCCAGUAAAUAGCAGCAAAUAGUUUAAGUGUGUCAGCAGAUGGAUCACUGGAAUGAGGGGAUUUCUGAAACAGAAAUGAAUCUGUCCUUUUGACAACUCUCUUAUAUAAUAAAAUAUCACUGGCUUGUGUGUGA